AUGAGUUUAAAUUUUAGCAUAGCUAAUGUGGUAUAUGUAAAAAACCUUUCUGCUAAUGUAUCAGAAGAAGAUAUAAGGGAAAAGUUCAAAGGAUGUGAUGAAAUAAUUAGUGUUGUAUUUAAAAAAUUCCCUGGAAAAGAUCAAAAAUAUUGUCAAGUCGAAUUUAAAACUUCCAAAGGAAUAACAAAAGCUUCAAGACUAAAUGGGGAACUUUUGUUAAAUAUCCCAAUGUAUGUUACUGUAAUUGAACCAAUUUUGCAAUCACAAUCUUUUAGUGAAACAUCAAAUAUUAAUGAAUAUGAUAAAAAUAUAAAUAACAAUGAUUACAAUAAUUCCCAAUAUCAGAACUUGCAAAAUUUUCUUGGGGAAAAUCAAAUUAUUUCAGACCAAAAGAAAAAACUUGUUGAUUUUCAAAAUGAGUUAAAUGAAAAAAAUAAAAAAUUUGACGUAUUUUCGAAAAUUAUCUAUAUGGAAAAUAUCCCCGAAAAGUAUACUGAAAAUGAUGUAGUGGAAUUUUUUAAAAAUGUUGGAAAAACUACAAAUUACAAGUUUCUAUAUAAUGAACAAAUAAAUAAGCAUACAGUAUAUGUUGAAUUUAUAAAUGAAGAAAAUGCAAAAGCAGCUUUAAAUUUAAAUGGAACGAAAAUAGAAGAUAAAGAGGUAAUAAUUAAAGAUGCAUAUAGUAUUCUGAAUCAAAAUGAUAGCACAUUAAAAACACAAUUAUCUAUUUAUAACAAUUUAAAUAAAACAAUUAAUAAUGACAAAAAUAUAAUAAAUAAAAAAAAUACUGUAAAUGAAAAAGUAGAAAAAGUUUUAGCUUUAAAAGAAAAAUUAACACUUAAAUUAUGUGCUAUGUAUAACCCUAAUGUAUUAUUAAUGAACAAUCUUAUGCAAUCUAAUCAAUUGCUAUUAGCUAACCCACUAAAUAAUAUUUCAAGCAAUAAUAAUAUAAAGAAAGAAAAAGAAAAAAACGAUAAAAAUGAAUCUGAUUUAACAAUUAGUCAAAAGGAAUUCAAAUCUGAUGAUAAAAAAAAUGAUGAUAAAAAAACUGAUGUAGAUAUGAGUGAUGACGAAAAAAAAAAAUAUAUAAAAAAAAAACAAAAAAAAAAUACUAAAUAUAGUACCAAUUCUCAUUCUUCACACACAACUGAGGAAUCAUACGAAAAAAAAUCUGACCAAAUUUCAUCCAAAAGCCAAAGUAGCAAAAGCAGAAGCAGUGGAAGUAGCAGAAGUAGAAGCAGUAGAAGCAGAAGCAGAAGCAGUAGAAGUAGAAGCAGUAGAAGUAGUAGUGGUAGGUCGAGGGUAAGGAGGAAAAGCAUCGAUAAAAGGCAUAGUAGCAGAAAAAGAGACAAAAUAAAAAAACGAAGCCCAAGUUCAAGUUCGAAUUAUAGCAAAAGUGAUCCACCAAGUUCUUAUGAUUCUGGAAAACAUACUGAUAGAUAUAAAUAUCAAAAUCAAAGACACAAAAAAAAACGAAGAAAAAAUUCAAAAGGAAAUUAUGAUAGUUCUGAUACUUGUAGCCAUUCUUCACAUUCUUCAAAAAGAAAACAAAGAAAAUCAAAUAGUGACAAACCAUGGUGGAUAAAAGAGUCAGAAAAAAUGGAAAUGCGAAAAAGAAUGAAAGAAAAAUAUCGACGAGAAAUGUUAUAUAGGCACAAACAUAAAGAAAAAUCAAGAUACCGACAUAGAGAUAGGGAUAGAGAUAGGGAUAGAGAUAGGGAUAGAGAUAGGGAUAGAGAUAGGGAUAGAGAUAGAGAUAGAGAUAGGGAUAGGGAUAGAGAUAGAGAUAGAGAUAGGAGAUAG